AUGGCGGAUGCACCCCAAGCGGCCCUGGCACAGGCCGGCCCAGCGACGAACACCGCCAAGCGGCAGCGCAAGGGCAGCGACGCUGACGAGGACUGGGUGCCCUCUGGCGACCAGGCGCGCGGCGGCCGCCGCGGGGGCGCGUUGCCUGCUGCCGGUGGCGCUACCGCCCAGCUGCAGCAGCAGCAGCAGGAGCGCGCCCCCAAGCGGAAGAAGGCGGUCGACCCGAUGAGCACCACGCGCACCGUGCACGUGGUUCUCCGCCCAGGGCAGGGCCUGCGAGAGCUGAAGGCUGAGCUGCGCCGGCGUUUCGGCAAGGCGAGCUGCCAGCGCCUCGGCAGCCUGCUGCUGGUCGACCCACAGGGCCAUGCAGGCGAGGCCGCCAAGUCGCAGGACAUCACGGACGGCUGCACCCUGCAGUGCAGGUACAUUGAGGCUGAGGGCAACAUGGGGAACCUCGUGAUGGGCGGCUGCUUCGGCGGCCGCCGCUUUGGGGGCGGCCGGCGGUACGGCGGCUGCGCGUACAAGCAUCCGGCGUUUGAUAGAGAUUUUGAUCUGUUCUUUGGCAUUUAG